GAAAUAGAAUUUUGCGAAAACUAAUGGCCACAGUUUUAAAUCGUUUAAACACAUCUUGAAUCGUUUAGUGUUUUCACCAACUCAUUAUGGCAGGAACAGAGCUGACGCCAGAGGAUGGCGGUGUUGCUGUAACAAAACGACACUAAGUUUAUGUUAGACGAGGAAAGAAGCAGAAGAAGAUGGGCAGUGAGUUUGUGCCUGAUCCAAAAGUCGGACGGAAGAAAUAAUAAUCUAAUAUUCAGAAGGAGCCGAUGAACACGGGUGCUGGAAACCUGCGAGAAGGCGUGAAUCAAAAAAUCAUCAUGUCAAGAAAGAAAGCAGUAGUUAAAGCAGGUGGGCCUCCGAAGCCCGUAAUACGAGAAAACUCGAGACUAAUGCGAACACAUGAAUCAGUGGUGGAUUUCAUAAGUGGACGCAGUUCUGGAGGUUCCUUACUAGGUGCACUCGGUCCUGCUCUUUUUGGUUUACAAUUUCCGAAGUCCUUGGAGGAUGACCUGUUAUAUACAGAUGAAGAUGAUGACGACGACACUGACGACGACAAUGAUGAUGAUUAUUAUUAUCCUCAGCGUGCCAUAAGAAAGCAUUUAGAACCACAUCCACAAAUAAAACAACUGACUGAUGAGGAGGCUGAUAAAAUUGCCAAGGAACUGAUAGAGGAAGAAGAACGGCGGAAGGGCAAAACGGAGAAAAACAAGCGUAAAAAACAGCGUAAAAAAGAAAAGAAACGACUUGAAAAGGAAAACGCCCCAGAAGAAAAUUCACCUGAUGUGGAGAAAGACAAAUGUGACCCCUCUAAGGAUCAGGACCAAAGACCAACAAAUUGUAGUAAUUCAGAAAAAAAAGAAUGUUCUAAACUCAGUCAGUCACAGAGUGAACAGGCUGCAUGUAAGAAGCACAAGAACACUAAGGAACAAGAUCUGAUUAGUGUAAAUAAAAAAGAUGAAAAUCAUCAAAAGGGUUUGAAUUUAAAUAAUUCUAAAUCGGUCCCUGAGGAGAAGUCCAACCAGAAGUUUACAAACGAAAAGAAUAAAGACAAAAACAAAGUUCAGAAGCUUGAAGAAGUAAAGCCAAAGGUGCCCGAGAAACCUGAGCUUCCACAGAAAGCAGAGGAUGAAACCAGUGAAACGAAAACUCUGGAUCCUGCUGUGGAAGAGUUUGCGAAAAGAAGCAUUGAGCUCGCUAGUGUGGGAAACCGUUUGGCUGCUUCAGGACAGUUUGAGACGGCCGUGAGUUGCUUUACUGACGCCAUCAAAUAUAACCCGAAGGAAUAUAAAUUAUUUGGAAAUCGGUCGCUCUGCUAUGAAAGGCUUCAACAGUAUGAAAAUGCUCUCAGGGAUGCUGACCUGGCACUUUCCAUGGAACCGAAGUGGAUAAAGGGUUUAUUUCGAAAAGGGAAAGCUCUUUGUGGCCUCAAGAGGUACUAUGAAGCCUCGCUCAUCUAUAAGGACGUGCUGAAGCUGGAAAGCACGAGUGCUGAAGCCGCACAGGAGCUGAAACGUGCGCAGACGUUGCACCUCAUGGAAAUGGGUUUCUCCUGGCCACAGAGCUCGGAGGCUCUGAAGACCCACGGGACGUUAGAGGAAGCAAUAGAGGCUCUGUUUGCCGGUGACAGCAGGCCAGAUCCUAAAGGUGCUGAAGCCAGCUGGGAUACAAUCAAGAUGCAGAACGGGGAUGAUGAUGAUGAUGAUGAUGAGGAUAAUGAUGAAGGAGAAUGGAUUGUUCAACAACCAAACCACCCUCGGCAGCAGAGCAAAAAUGUCUGCUCUUUGGUCCAAACCAGAACAGAAUCACACUCGCCAACACCACAUUCCAGGAGUUCUGGGAAACCGAAGAAGUUUGCUGUUUGGGUUGGAGUAUUGGCUCAUACUAUGACCUACGUGAAACUCCACGAGCUGUUCAGCAGAGCCGGGACCGUUUACAGCAUUAAGAUGUUGCUGGAGCAGCAGUGUGCGUUUGUGAACUACACCCGGAAAGAAGACUGUGAGCGAGCCAUUCAGUGCAUCGACGGAAUGGUAGUGGAGGGGGCGCCGCUGACUGUACGAUAUCCACAGAAAUUUGGACUUGGUGGAGCCGCUGACCCAGGUCCAGUUUCUAGCACUUAUAAGAAGGAAUGCUUUUUCUGGAGGACGAUAGGCUGCACGAGGGAGGACUGCACCUUCAGACACAUCCCGGAACACAAAAACCUCGACAAAGACAAGGUCACCAGCAGGCUGGGAUUGUUUUCACACGUAGGGGAUCAUAAAUAAGACGCUACGUGACGAACUCAACAUACAUUUUCCUCUUUAGCAAAGCAGCUUUUCUUUUGACUGUUUAGCAGUGGAAAAAAUGUUUGGGUUUUACAAUUUGUUGGGAAUUUCCGCACCAUGUUAGCCAUCCAUGUGUCCUAACAAUAUUUCACGUGCCUUUUUAGAAUUGCAUCGAACAUUUUCAAGAUUUGAGCAUGCCUUGGCAAAGAAUCACUUUUGACCAAGCAGUUUUAUUUCUCAUCUGACUGGAACUGUUUUAAAAUAAGAUUCUUCCUGUUGGUCUUCAGUCACCACUAGGUGGCAGUGUUACAUUUAUCCUUUGGUGUUGGGGGUUCAGAGCUCUUUGCUUUCAUUUUCAAGGCUGUGAUUAAUGAGAAGCUAUUCUGCAGGCAUAUUUUUAUGCCUUGUUUAUUUUUUCAAACUGUCUCAAUAUUUAUGUUUCCAAGGCUAUUGGAUUUGUUUUAUGUAAGAUGGUUUAUUGAGUUGUUAGCGUUAUUAAAAUGUUUAAUUUUCCGGAGUGUUGGAGCUUCUGGUCAAAUGUAGUAAUGAUGUUUACAGCAGAAUCAGACAGCCGUUUUUGUUCCAGCUGCUAAAAGGUCCAUUCAAAAUGACCCAACGCCGUUUAAAAGUGUUUGUAUUAUACAGUCCUAUGUACAGUUUAUUUUGAUUUAAACAAAUCGUUUAAGACUGGGAACUUUCUGAAGAAAUCUUAAGUGUCCCAAUUGAGUGAUUCCACUAUUAAUUUUAUUAUUAAAAAUGAAUAAAAUGCCCACAUUUUGAACUGAAGUGUUGACAGCUAUGAUUUAAAAGGGUUAAAGCUGCUGCUAGUACCUUAUUAUGGUCACCAUGAUAACACACCUGACUGAGUUUGUAACUCCCUGCUUCCAAGUUGGUAAGUGGACAAAAACAAACUGUUUUAAAAAAAAGUAAAAUAAACACUGAAAAAAACUA